CGAGAGAUGGUUUAAUCACACCGAUAAAAAUUUUCACCGACAAGAAUCUCUACCGAUAAUAUCGUUCGCCCAUUUAAAUAUCGAAUUUACGGAUGAUCGACAUAUCGUCGACAUAUCGUCGACGUACGCAUCUCAUAAAUAUUUUUCCUGCCCGACUCGAGGUACGAGCAUUACCGUCUCCUAUUGUAGCACAUGCGUAUAUUACGCUCCACCUUUAUCGAAAGAUAUCUGAGCAGCGUAUCUGUAACAAGAUAACGUGCGUCGACUAAAAGUGCCUCGCCUUUGGCCUCACGUUAGUAGGCCCUCUCUUUAUUAACCCGUUUUUGUGAAACGAAACAAACCGCACGAUAAAAACCAGUCGAAACUCCAGUUGCUGACCAACGUAAACAAUGUGAUUGAACGUUGUAGUUUUCGCAGUUGCAUCGGUACAGAAAUCGGUGUGUUGAACAGUGCGUAAAAAUAGAGGUUGUUGAUUGAUCGCCUUCUUUCGGAAGAAUGACUGUACAUCUUCAAGAAGUGAUGCGUUCAGAAGUGGACGGUGGUCUGGCUGGUCCAGCAAAUCCGAUACCGAGCGAGUCGAUUGACUGUGGUUGUGGACAAUUACCAUGCCCGAAAUUAGCAAAAUUUGCAACCCGACGACUCUUCGUUGGCCUACUGUCAUGGGUUGGUUUAAUACAAGCUGCUGCUUACGCGUAUUUCUACAUAACAGGGCCUACGAUAGCAAGGAGAUUUCAAUUUGAUCCUUAUGUAAUGGAAUGGAUACUUGUCGCAUCCGAUUUGACGCCCUUCGUUUUUGGCGUAAUCGUCGCGUAUUGGGGUGACAGAAUUCAUAGAGCUGCAUGGAUUGGUGGUAUAGUUCUUCUGCAAAGUGUUUCGUACUUUAUUAUGAUAAUUCCUCAUCUAACGCAUCAAAUCAAAGUUGUCGAAGAAACCGAAAACGUGACGCAUAUGUCGAUAUACGCAGAUGAUAGUCGAGAUCUGUGUUCAGACAGUUCUUCUAGAAUUGUUGUAAAAGAAGAUGAGCCCUGUUAUUUCACAUUUGCAGCGAUCUUCGUUGUACAAAUCAUAUCUGGUAUCGCAAAUAUUGCAUACUUUGCAUUAGGUGUGUCCUAUUUGGAUGACAACACAAAGAAAAAACAUAUAGCUGCUUUUAUUGGUGUUCUUAUUGCCGUGAAGAUUUUCGGUUUUCUUCUGGGAUGUAUCUUGGCAUGGCUUUGCCUUAGAGUUGAUUCAGAGACUUUGAAUCCUAUAGAAUCUUAUAGAGAACAAAUCGGUGCAUGGUGGUUAGGAUUACCAAUUUUAACAAUAUUACUUAUUGUUCCUGGUUUACUUCUUUCAUGGUUCCCUCGAAUGUUACCAUCUGAGGUUGUCGAAAAAGCUGCUGCCUCUUUAUUAAACAUUUCUAACAAUCAAAAUCGAACGCCUCGGAGGAUGGUUAGUCAGAAAGUUGGUAGUUCUAAUUUCUGGCCAUCAAUAGGUAGAUUGUUCAGUAAUAAAAUAUUGCUUUGUCAAGUUAUUGCUUGUACCUUUUAUCUUAUGGCCAUUACGAAUUUCAUUGGUUUCGAGAAUCUUAUUGCGCAGUCGAGAUUUCAUGUACCGAAACCAACUGGAAUGUUACUCGGUUUCGAGGAUCCAGUUUCGUCAAGAUUAAUAUCAAAUAUCUUGAAACCUGUUCUUGUUGGCUUAAUCGUGAUUGUUUCUGGUUUAGUUAUUGCAAAAGCGAAACCUGGCGCUAAAUAUGUUAUUGGUUACGGCAUUGUCGUUGUACUUUUAGCGUCUGCAAUUAUAUUUUCAUUAUCUGCUACAACUUGUAAGAAAAAUCCUAUUGUUGGCACAACUAAAAGAGGAUCCCUCGUCUUGCUGAAGUAUUGCAAUAGAAAUUGUGGUUGUUCGAACGAUGCUGACUUCCGUCCUGUCUGCGAUAACAAAGGCACGUUCACCUUCUACAGUCCUUGUCAUGCUGGAUGCACUUCUUUCGAACUUAGAAAUGGCAUAACGACUUACAGUGGUUGCAGUUGCGUAGGAGAAAUGACGGGAGCUGAGAAAACGGAAGCGAUCGACGGACCUUGCACCUCAAACAACUGUCAAGUUAAUUGGAUACUUUUUGAGUUUGGAAGUCUGUUGGCGUGCUUAUUAGUUGCCUCGACUUUUGUGGGAGAUUUGUUAAUAAUCUUGAGAUCAGUGAACGUGCAAGACAAGGCUAUCAGCAUAGGCUUUUGGAUGACAUGGUUCGCUAUAUUCGGGAAUAUUCUUGGAAAAAUUCUUUACGAUAUGAUUGCGAGUCUAACGUGCCAAUAUUGGGGAACUCAAAGAACUUCGUGUCGUCUUCACGAUGGUCUAAAGCUUGGCAACUAUUUGUCCUAUAUGACAGGUUCACUAUUAGCCCUAUCCGUUAUAUUAAAAAUCCUAGUGUGGAUCUUCAGCAGAGAUUUGGAGUUUUAUGUUCAGAAAGAAGAACAGCCAACAGCAAUAACUGAAUUGAGAGAAUUCGUUCGCAAUCCUGACACUGUGUCCAAUCAAGAAAACAGACAAACUGAUCCUACCUGUAACAAUGAUACACCAGUCCGAGUAGAAAUCACGAACGAAGAGUUUAAAAAAUCGACAAGAUCUCUGAACGAUGAUCCACCGAAGGAAACAGAAGAGAGACAAAACGAAGGAACAGCGAUGCUGAAGUACGGUCCUAUUGGUCCCGGUGAUCGGCGAACGGAUUCGAAAUCGUCACUGAACCAAACAUCACAAAGUCAAAAGUCCGCCAUUCGAAACUUGGAUUCGGAAGACGAGCUGAGUUCCAGCGACGAAGAAAGUAGAAAAGAUUCGACAACAAAAGUGGCCUACAGGCCGUUGGAUCUCGACUCGGAUGUGGAAAGUGAUUUGAGCAGCGUGGAGCCAAGAUCGCGAAGGCGUAUCACGGGAAAGGAGUAUGAACCGGUUUAUAACAGCGAUCGGAGCUCUUCGACCAAGAGCUCACCCUUCAGACGCGAAUUUCCCAAUCCGGACAACUACGAUGACCCAAGAAAAAUGAGACACGUGGAUGGUUCCUCGAAAACUAGUAGUUUCGAAUUCUCGAGGAAGAGGCAAGACGAUAAACUACAGAGGAAAGGAGAUUUCAACGAAGUUGGUAUACCGAUAAUGGAUCCUCCUGUUGUGCGUUCCAUCCCGAAAUGUGUGAAAUCACUGAUCGAUCGGUACGAAUUGAACGCUGAACAGCAAACUGGGGAGAAUCAAGAAUCCGUGAGUGGGAACGGUACUCAUUUGGAAAGUAAAAUAGGAAUUCCGUUGGUGGCCAUGGCGCCGAAUAGAGCUUCUUCGAGAAGUCAAUAUUCAUCAGGGUUCAGCAGCUUAACGGAUGGUAGGAUCGUUGAAAAUCGACCCGAGUCCCGUGAAAGCGUCAGCCCAAAAGUAUCUAACAAAGGUAGUAUAGAGAUAUUGCACACUGAUUUUUGAUGUAAAAUUACAAUAUUUGGAAAUUUUAUACGAAAAUUUAUAAAAACGGUUUAAUUUAUUUGGGUCAGACGUUGGAUUUUUAAGAUCGACCCGAUUAUUGCGAAGAAGUCAGCAUAUGGCGCAGAUGUUGCUUUUAUUAGGCAUAUAGUUAGUAUUAGUAAGAAAAGAACGUUGCAAACGAUCUAAUGUACAAUUAUACCAUUUUUCAGUUCUUUCUUCUGAAAUUUUAUAUAAAAAUCCAUAAAAAAUACUUAAUUUAUUUAA